AUAUGCUCUUCAAACACUUGAACCUGCUUGGAUUACAUCUAGACAAAUAGAAGCAGGGCGACGAGCAAUGACACGAAAUGUACGACGUGGUGGAAAAAUUUGGGUACGUAUAUUUCCAGACAAGCCAGUUACAGUAAGACCUGCGGAAACGCGUAUGGGUUCUGGGAAAGGAUCCCCAGAGUACUGGGUAGCUGUGGUUAAACCAG